UCCUGCAACCUAGCCGACCUCCAGCAACCCACCAACACCAUGACGCCUCCCAGCGCCGACCUCGAACUAGCCCUCAUCGCUCUCGGCCAAGGCACACAGAACUACACCUGCGCAAACGCGACAUCGGCUCCAGCCGCCAUCGGCGCCCUAGCCAAUCUCUUCAACGCCUCAUGCGCCGUCGCCAACAACGCCCUCGGCUCCGUGCAGGAAGACGCCGCCAUCGGCAUGCAUUUCUUCGUCGACAGCACCACGCCGGACUUCGACAUCAUCGGCCUUGGAAACACGCAGAUGAAGAAGGUCGAAUCGAUGGCCGCUCCACAGGCCACGGAUGUGCCGUGGUUGAGGCUCGAAGCGCAACAGCAAGGAACGACGUCGGCAGUGAAACAAGUGUACCGGCUGAACACGGUUGGUGGUGUCGCGCCUACGAGCUGUGACGGCCAGACCGCUGGCAGUGUCGUCACUGUCGAGUACCAGGCGCAGUAUUGGAUAUAU